AUGGAUGCGAGAGGAGACACAUCUGUAAGGCGCCUGCAGUGUUGGAGCACAAUCUUCACAAGACUGCGACUCGCACUGAGACCCUGCAACUCCUCAUCCGUAAUAGCAGUGCAUCUCAAGUCAAGCACACGCAGGACAGGCAGUCUGCCAAGGGCACCAACAGUUCUCACUCCUCCUUCAGACCCACACGGGUACACCUCCUCCAGUGUCUCGAUGGAUGCGAGAGGAGACACAUCUGUAAGGUGCNGCACCCAAACUCCUCACUCUUUCGCAUCCAGACUUAUUCAACUCUUCCAGCGUCUCGAUAGAUGCGAGAGGAGACACAUCUGUAAGGCGCCUGCAGUGUCGGAGCACAAUCUUCACAAGACUGCGGCUGACACUGAGAUUCUGCAACUCCCUGUCUGUAAUAGCAGUGCAUCCCAAGUCAAGCACACGCAGGACAGGCAGCCUGCCAAGCGCACCAACAGUCCUCACACCUUCACACCCAGACAGAUCCACCUCUUCCAGUGUCUCGAUGGAUGCGAGAGGAGACACAUCUGUAAGGCGGUUGCAGUGUUGGAGCACAAUCUCCACAAGACUGCGACUCACACUGAGACCCCACAACCCCCCGUCUGUAAUAGCAGUGCAUCCCAAGUCAAGCACACGCAGGACAGGCAGCCUGACAAGGGCACCAACAUUCUUCACACCUUUACACCCAUUCAGAUCCACCUCUUCCAGCGUCUCAAUGGAUACGAGAGGAGACACAUCUGUAAGGUACACGCAGUUUUCGAGUACAAUCCUCACAAGACUGCGACUCGCACUGAGAACCUCCAACUCCUCGUCUGUAAUAGCAGUGCAUCCCAAGGCAAGCACACGUAG